AAUAGCUCUAUGUAAAGACCAUAGAGUCUGAAAACUAAAAGGAUGAAGAGUGCAUUCUUUCUACUGAGUUUACUAACUAUUGGCUGUGCCCAAGAUGAACUCAAGUGCACAGAUCGCAGAUGUCUGGCUCAAAUGUUAAUUAAUAAAGAAUAUUUAUCUCCACCUCAGUCUGAGAACUGCACCCUACUCGUUGAAGUACCCUUAAUUAAGUAUGAAACGCUGUCAGUUAACAUGAAGGAACUCCAUCUACUGAGUCGUCUGGAGGCUCAAAUUAAAUGGGUGGAUCCAGGUUUGGCGUGGAACACAUCAAUAAAUCCGUUUAACAGAGUCAUUUUGCCUGUAGAUAAAGUGUGGACCCCAGAUGUCAGCAUAGAAAACGGACAAAGCUACAUGGAGCACGUUUCUCAUGAUCUGGUGGUGUUCAGUAAUGGUACAGUGUGGCACAAGGUGGUCAUAAAUGCAGAGGUGAACUGUGGAAUCAACCUGUUUAACUAUCCUUAUGCUUACGACACAUGCCCCGUAGGACUCAAAUCCACCCCACCACACGAAUGUGGGAUAAGCAUACAAGUUGAUGGAGUGGAGUUGGCAGAGACGUCCCACGGAGACUGGGAAACACAACAAGUGGAGCUUGGGAAAAAACGAGAAGACCGCAGUUAUAUCAAUGUGCAUCUAAAGAUCAAAUAUACCAACCCCUUCAUCACAUUACUCCUGCCCACUUUUCUGAUCAUGGUGGCUGAUAUAGUAAGUUGUGCUCUGCCAAUGCAAGGUGGUGAACGCAACUCGUUUAAGGUUACUUUGGUGCUCAGCUUUACCAUGUUCCUGAGCAUCCUCACCAACCUGCUCCCUGGAGACAGCAAGUGCAGCCCAGUUAUCCGAGUCCAUUUCUGUAUUUGCCAAGUCCUGAUGGUGAUAAGCAUGCUGGUGUCUGUGGUGUUGACAAGGGUAGCUCAAGAUGGGUUGGUCUUUUUCACAUAUUUCUUCACGAGGUUUGUUUCUCCAAAUUCAGGAGACAACGAUGAAAAAGAGGAUGCGGACGCCAAAGGUGAUAUCAGCGUCAUUCAGUAUGAUGUCUCCGAAGACUCUCAAAUGCUCAAGAAGAUCGUCAGAUUCCUUGAGGCUGUUGACACUGACCAGAAAAAAAGUGAACGUCAUCAGAACCUUGCAGAUAAACUGGAUAGGAUCUUUUUCUGGUUGUAUUUUUUUGUUAGCUCUGGAUACCUAUGUGCAAUGACUUAUGUUAUAGUACAGUAUAAAUGUGUAGUUGAUCAUUUUACGUUUUGGAAAUAAUGCAACAGGCAGAAAAUCCCCAAUUGCUCUGACCACUUAAUAAUCAUAUAAUAAGGUAGAAUUAUAUCCCUAUGAUGGGAUUCUUAGCUCCAACUAAUAUUGUCUUAAACUAUGUAACUAGUCAUUAGUUAAACAUUUUCUUCUGUUUCAUCAAGGCAAGGAAGGUGUGUUUGCAUAGCCCCACUCCUUACCAAAAACAAGAAACAGUAAAAGAAUAAUAACUAAAUACAAAUGCUAAAAUACAAAUUCAAAACAAAUACACAGCCUGUCCAAAACAAAACAAAAAUCACUGCUGGGGAAUCCUAAGAAAACCACUGAUCUUUGUGGCUCAUUGAAAAAGCUUGCAUUUGCAAGAGUGUAGCUUGGUUUCUGGAGCAAUGGAAGAAUGUCAUGUGGUCUGAUGAGACAAGAUUUACUCUGUUUCAGAGUGAUGGUGCGUCAGGAUAAGACGAGAGGUGCAUGAAGAGAUGCACUCAUCAUGCCUACUGCCAGUCUCAUUGAAUACUCCGUAGUUUUUAGCCUUGUUGAGUCUAGUUGAGCACUGAUCUCUAACCUUAAAUUUUGACUUUUGGCUUCCCUGCAUUAAGUAGGAGAAAAUGCUCACUCAUCCACUCAUGGAUAUUAAGGACACAUAGGCUAUGUAGUGUGAUUUACUAUGGCCAUGUCUUAACACAGAAAUAUAGAGUUGUGUGUCAUUAGCAUAUAUGUAGUAGGAGGUGUAAUACCCCAUAGGUCAAUACUACAGGAAAACACAUACUAGAUUAAGGGAAAAUGGACCAAAAAUUAAGCUAUGGGCAACCCCAUGUAAUCUUUAUUCAGUCAGAUUUGUGAUGCACAAAUGACACCAAGUGGUGCUCAAACAAAUAAAAUCUUCACAAUACCAGACAAUCCCAACCAACUCUCAAGAUCUAUCAAUCUAUCCAUUUGUUAUGUUUAACUGUGUCAAACACAGCAUUGAGAUCCAGAAAACCAACAAAGAUCUUUUUAAAUGCGUCUCUGUUAUGGGUUCUUAUUUCAGACCUUUACCAAUAUGGGGUCAGUGCUGAGAUUUUGUGGAAAAUCUCAAUAGAAAGCAUUGUAUAGAUUGUUUUUAUUCAAAGACGGGGAUAAUCUGUCUUCAUUGAUCUUUGCCAAAACGUCCGGUGAAAUAUUUGCCUGUAAUUACUUUACUUACUGUUGAGGCAUGCAGAUUAGGCUUUGGUGAAAGAGGAUUGAUCACUGCGGUUUUCAGAGCUUGAAGAAAAUAACCUGAGUGAAAAGAAUAACUCACUAUCUGCAAUGUUUACAGCAAUCUACAUAAAUUACUGAGCUGCAUGACAGAGAAGUUGUUAGUAUUGUUGCCUUGCAGCAAGACGGUCCUGGGUUCUAAUCCUGGCCUAGAGUCUUUCUGCAUGAUGUUUGGAUGGCCUCACAGUGCAUGUUUGGGUUCUCUCCAGAUACUGGAACCUCCUCCCACAAUCCAAAAAUAUAACUGUUAGGUUGAUUGGUUACUCUAAAAUGCCUUUAGGUAUGAGUGUUUGUCCUCUGUGUUGCUUUGUAAUGGACAGGCGACUUAUCCAGCAUGUAUACCGUCUCUUGCCAACAAACGCUGGAGAUCGGAACCAGACCUCCUUCAACCUUGCAAGGAUAUGUGUGUACAGACAAUAGAUGAAUGAAUAGAUGCAUUAAUGAUUGUGGAGGCACAGGAGACGUAAUCAAGUAACUAUAGGUAUAACUAAAUAUUACAUGUAUUACAUGCUUUUUCUUGUCAGUGAAACACAACAAAGAUAUAUUUUGACAGUUAGAUUCGUACUUAGUCUGUUUUCAAUAAACAUAUUGUAAAAACAAAUCAAGUAAUAAAUACAUUUUCGUAAUUGCAGUGGGUCAAUUUGGCUUUUCUUUUUAAACUAGUCAUUCAGCUUUAAACAAGCAUAUAUUGUACUCAUAUUGCAGGUGACUAAGUAUUGAAUUAUUAUAUCAGUGUCCUAAAGCUGUAAGACCCGUGCUUUAAUCUAAAAGCCAUCCUUUUCUUAUGGAAUUGAGAUGAUUAAAAAUCAGGUAUCUAUGAAUGGUUUCAUUGAUAGUUAAUGUGCUAUGUUCUGUAAAAGCUUUCCCAAACCAUUACAAUAGAUAGCUAAACUAUCACAACCACAAUUAAAAGAUGCAGCAUCUGCAGAGUUGAUGCAUUGAUUACAAAUUUGUGAAAACUUUAACAGAAAAAUAACAACUUUUCUUUACUUAAAAUUAUGUUCUAUUCCUAAAAAGGAAAGACAAAACAUAUAUACAGAAUGAUGUUUAAUAGGUGCUUGAACAUGUAGAAAAACUGUUUUGUUUUACUUAGUUAUACCAGAAUAUAUAUGGGUAGCUCAGUUGGUAGAGCAGGAGCACCACGCACAGAAUCUAUCCUGUUGUCCUUGAUUCGAUACCCAAUCCCAGGCCAUUUGCUUGAUAUUCUCUUCUCUCUUAAUCCUCUUUCUUGUGAAAUUACUGUUCAAUAAAUGCCACUAGUGCCAAAACAAUCUUAAAAGGAAUAUUGCCCAUCCUCUAUAAAGAGCUCAAACAUAUUAAAGCAUAUUUAAAGCUAAUUACAUUGUUUGGCACAUAAUUUCCUAAAACCAUGAUGUUUGUUGCCACCUUGUGGUCAAACAUUGACAUGGAGUCAAAGCAGUGUCCACUCGUUCUAAAUUAGAUUGAUCCCUUGUUAUAACUAGAACAGUACUUACAUGGAAUAUUCUAAAUCAUAAGGGUGGUAGUGCAUAUUUGGAUUAUAUUUUGGAGUUUUCAUGAUUUAUUUUUAAUACCCAACAGCUUCUCAAAGAUGUUAUUUGUAAAUGACCAUUUUAUUUAACAAUUAUAAAACAUACCAUACAAAUUAUAACAAACUAUAAUAAACCUUCUGACAGAAAAAUACAGUUUGGAAAAGUUACAAAAAUAUCAGAACUUCUUUAUAGUUUCCAGAAUCAAGGCUACAAAAGUUGUUUUUAAAGAAGCUCUUUUAAGCUUUCCUUUAUACCUUCAUUAUUAUCUGACACC